AUGGCCGGUGUCACGGAGGCUUCAGCUACACAGAGUGCAUGGCUCGAGGAGCUUGCAGAUGUCGAUCUGGAGUGGGACAACAUAUCGCUCCCAAGCACUCCAAAACACUCAGUAAUUGGUACGGCCGCAGUGUCUUCUUCAACCGCAGAUGUUGCAUCACGCCCACAUGGCUUUUCAAAUGCCAUCUCCCGUUCCGUCCUGUCAUCUUCAACAGACGACGACCUCUUCUGUGACACAGCAGAUUUCGAAACCUUCCUCCGCGAAACAGAAGGCGUCAACUUCUCUAGCACCGCGUCGACUUUGACUCUAGCCUCAACACCAACCGACCCCUGUCUUCGCCCAGGGUCGUCUUCAUCUGGCACUUCCGCUAUCCAGACUCCUAAGCGAAUUAUCCGUGGUACCUUUCCUUCAGCCUUGAAGUCGAAUUCCCCGAUCGCAGGUCUGACCUCCUCGAUUUGUCUCCGUACACUGUUCUGUCUCGGAGAAGCUUUCAAUGUAGGUUGCCAAGCCGCUCGCGACAACCAAGAUAUCCUUCUUGAGUUUUAUUGCCGUGUCAUGUCUUCUUACCGCGAAGACAACAUACAGCAUUUCGUGCUGGCUGAUCUCACCCAUGACAACCCACCUUUCAUCAAUGCCACAUUUGCGUCUUAG